AUGGCCAAGAGGCAGCAUCAUGUAGAACGUAAACGUAACAACGGCGGUGCUCCAGGUACGCAAAGGACCUCUAUGCAAUCAAAAUAUUUGACAACCGUGAUUCCGUACCACGCCGAAGCUGGCACACCUGACAAUCGCGCGCUCAGCGUACUCAUCAAAAUUUUGAAAGCCAUCAAUGAAGACAGCCCUACCGUACCCACCCUGCUCACAGAUUACAUUCUGAAGGUUCUUUGUCCAACAUAAAUUUUGCUAU